AUGGACGGCGGGGGGCAGCCCCCGGACACGGAGAUGACGGACGCCGGCGCGGGCGGCGGGGGGCAGCCGCCGGCGCCGGCGCAGCAGCAGCCAGCGGCCGGGGCCGGGAUGAUGGAGAACAUCCAGGCGACGCUCAGCCACGGCGGCCGCUUCAUCCAGUACAACAUCUUCGGCAACGUGUUCGAGGUCACCGCCAAGUACAAGCCCCCCAUCCUCCCCAUCGGCAAGGGCGCCUACGGCAUCGUCUGCUCGGCGCUCAACUCCGAGACGGCGGAGCAGGUGGCCAUCAAGAAGAUCGCCAACGCCUUCGACAACAAAAUCGAUGCCAAGCGCACGCUCCGCGAGAUCAAGCUGCUCCGCCACAUGGACCACGAGAAUAUUGUUGCAAUAAGGGAUAUCAUACCUCCUCCACAAAGGGAGGCAUUCAAUGAUGUGUAUAUUGCGUAUGAAUUGAUGGAUACUGAUCUGCAUCAAAUUAUUCGUUCAAAUCAAGCUUUGUCAGAGGAGCACUGUCAGUAUUUUCUUUAUCAAAUUCUUCGUGGUUUGAAGUAUAUACAUUCAGCAAAUGUUCUUCACCGUGACUUGAAGCCUAGCAAUCUUCUUUUGAAUGCAAACUGUGACCUCAAGAUAUGUGAUUUUGGGCUUGCUCGCACCACCUCAGAAACUGAUUUUAUGACUGAAUAUGUUGUCACAAGAUGGUAUAGAGCACCAGAGCUUUUGUUGAACUCCUCUGAAUAUACUGCUGCCAUUGAUGUGUGGUCUGUGGGCUGUAUAUUUAUGGAACUGAUGGACCGAAAACCCCUGUUUCCUGGAAGAGACCAUGUCCACCAGCUACGUCUACUAACGGAGCUCAUUGGGACACCGAAUGAGCCUGAUCUUGAUUUUGUAAAUGAAAAUGCAAGAAGAUAUAUCCGCCAACUUCCCCGGCAUGCUAGACAGUCCUUACCUGAAAAAUUUCCACAUGUUCAACCUUUAGCAAUUGACCUGGUGGAAAAGAUGCUGACUUUUGAUCCUAGACAGAGAAUAACUGUUGAAGGAGCACUUGCACACCCUUACUUGGCAUCACUUCAUGACAUAAGUGAUGAGCCAGUCUGCUUAAUGCCCUUCAGCUUUGACUUCGAGCAGCAUGCAUUGUCUGAAGAACAAAUGAAGGAUCUGAUCUACCAAGAGGCUCUUGCAUUCAACCCUGAUUACCAGUAG